AUGGUGCACGUCAACGGGCUCGCCGCCGCCGCCCUCACACUCACCCUCCCGCUCCUCUCCGCGCCGGGCGCCGCCGCGGCCGGCCGCCCCAAGAAUGCCAUCCGCCUCUCGGACGUGCAGACGCUGACGCUGCGCGGCCACGGUGCCAAAACCACGCACCGCCGAGUGCCCGCCGCGCCGCAGCUCAAGUGCGUCUCGCGCCCGGACAUCUGCCGCCUCUUCGAGCCCGACGUCAUGCGCUGCACCAACCAGGGCUCCUCGUACGGCGGCGAGGACGUCGAGUGGAGCUGCGUCGCCUCCCUCCCCGAGGAGCUCGAGCUCGGCGUCGCGGAGGUCGUCUGCGAGGGCUACGACAGCGCCGACGACCCUUACGUCCUCAGGGGCAGCUGCGGCGUCGAGUACACCAUGCUGCUCACCAGCAAGGGCGAGCAGCGGUACCCGGACGUCGCUAACCCCCGCGGCCGCAUCUUCAGCGACGGCAGCGGCGGCACCGACUUGAGCGCCUGGCUCUUUGCCGUCGUCUUCGUCGCCGUGCUUGGGUGGAUCGUGUACUCGGCGUGCUACGGCAACGGCAACGGCCAGCAACGCGGCGGCCGGAGGGUCGGCGGGCCACGAUGGGGUGGCGGUGGUGGGGGAGGCGGCGGCGGCGGAGGGUGGAAUCCCGGCUGGGGCCCGGGCGGCGAUGAUCCUCCUCCCCCCUACCCCGGUUCCAAGCCGUCUUCUUCGCGACAGCAGGGCUGGUCGCCGGGUUUCUGGAGUGGCCUGGCAGGCGGCGCCGCUGCCGGAUACAUGGCCGGGAACAGGAAUCGAAAUAACGGCGGUCAACGGGACUACGGUAACAACGGCGGCUGGGGCGCCGGGUCCUUGGGCUCGAGACCUUCACCGUCGUCGUCGUCAAGCUCCGGGGGCAGUUCCACCCGUCACGAGAGCACAGGCUUCGGUUCCACGCGACGGAGAUAG